AUGGACUUAACUCACUGCUUCCCUGGUCAUUCUGAUGAAGCCUUAGACACCAAGUCAUUUCCUUUUGAGUCGACUGAGGACCUGGAUCAGCCACCCAAGAUGUCAAAACUCAACGAAGGUAUGAUUACACCAAUAUUGAACAUUGAGGAGGAGGAUAUAUCCGGCUCUGAAGAGCACUCUGAGACAAUCCUGGAAAAUGUCUUUAUAGAGUCAUUUCAUGAUGUGUCCUCUUGUAUCCUGGAGUGCUCAGAUCAUCCUAUAUCAGUAAAUAUUCCUCACGAAUCAGAGUCUUGGAUUUCUGGUCCCAUUGAGCAAUCACCUCAGAGCGUCGAAGGUGAAAUGACUGGGAGAGAAAAAGAUAUAGAUUUAUGUGUAAAAAUAGAGUCUUCCUCAAGUUCUUCACUAGCGCCCGGCAAAUCAUGUUCAUCUGGUACAAAUCACUCAGGAUAUGGUAAGAAUAUAACUCUGAAUUCUCAUACUCUUCUUGUUUUUACCCCAUUUAAGGCUCUUUAG